GGUGCCAGCGUUUCCUUCGUUGCACUCUGCGGAUCUCACUCGCCGGUAAGGCAUGGUGCUCGCAAGCUUACUUUUGCUCGUCCUCGGCGCGAUCGUGAGUCCGACCACCCAGGUCGCCGCACUGGGAUCAGCAUGUGGUGUGCCUCUCACUACAGGAAACGCGUUGUGGGGAGAGCCUUACUGGCUUGAGAACAUCCACCAUCAGGGUGUGGCACCGUUUGCACCUAAUGCGACAAAAUACAAAGUGUUCCGGAACGUGAGGGAGUAUGGAGCUGUGGGUGAUGGUGUGCAUGAUGAUACUGCUGCUAUCAAUGCUGCAAUAUCCACCGGUAGCAGAUGUGGUAACUUGACUUGCGGUUCAUCAACAACCACUCCGGCAGUGGUCUACUUCCCAACAGGGACCUACCUCGUGUCUGCUCCGCUUCAUGCAUACUACUACACAGUCAUGGUGGGCGAUGCAAGAACACCCCCGACGUUGCUUGCCAGUGCUAACUUCACAGGAAUAGCUGUAAUUGACGGUGACCCGUACACAAACAAUCAAAACUGGUAUACCAACCAGGUUAGCUUCUACCGGUCAGCGCGUAAUUUCGUUAUCGACCUCACACGAAUGCCUGCGAAUGUCUCGGCCACUGGCAUUCACUGGCAAGUCUCACAGUCGACGUCGCUGGUCAACGUGGUAGUCAACAUGUCUACCGAACCUGGAAACAACCACCAGGGCAUGUUUAUGGAGGAUGGAAGUGGUGGCUUCAUGGGAGAUCUCGUAUUCAACGGUGGAAAGUAUGGUAUCUGGGUCGGAAACCAACAUAUACUGGACCCAUAUCACUUCCCCCAAGCUGUGUUCGGAUCAUGGAACUGGGGAUGGACAUAUCAACGCGUCAUAAUCAAUGACUGUCAAGUCGGUUUUAAUCUCUCAGGUGGCGGGAAUGGAGGAGAGGCCAUCAUUGACGCAGUGGUCACAAAUACUCCUGUUUUCAUCAAGACACCCAAGCCGAUAAAUGGCUCUGUUUCAGGAUCCCUCGUAUUGAAUAACAUCCAUCUCAACAACGUUUCCACAGCUGUCAUGGAAAACGGUACUACUAUCCUUGCUGGUGGAACCAGGACCGUUCACUCGUGGGGCAAGGGUAACAUUUAUACAGGAACGCACCCGAACGGAACGUUCACACAGGGCAAGAUACACUCUGCGCAUAAGGAUUCGUGCCUUUUGGACCAUAAUGGCUUCAUCGUCAGCAAAGGACAUCCCAUGUAUGCUGACUAUUCAGUCGACCAGUUCAAGAGCGUCAGAUCAUUGGGGGCCGUUGGAGAUGGAAUUGCGGAUGAUACUGAAGCUAUUAAAGCCGUGCUCGCAAAGUACGCUGGAUGCUACAUCAUAUAUGUCGAUGCUGGCAUCUAUAAGGUUACUUCGACUAUACAGGUUCCGGCAGGAACACGAAUUGUUGGAGAGGCUUGGUCCCAGAUUAUGGGCGCCGGCCUCAAUUUCAAUAAUAAAGAAGACCCCAACGUUGUUGUACAAGUCGGUACACCGGGUUCGCAGGGCAUUACGGAGAUUACAGAUAUCGUAUUCACGACGCAAGGACCAGCUGCAGGCGCCAUUGUCGUGGAGUGGAACGUCCACGAUCCGCCUGGUCUCCAAGGAGCUGCAGGAAUGUGGGAUUCGCACUUCCGGCUCGGCGGAGGCGAGUUUAAUGUUUUAUCACAUGCGGACGUUGACUUAUCAUUCUUCAUUUUAGCCAAUGGGACCCAUCUCCAAGACGCAGAGUGCCCUGCGGGAUCCUUUAAUCCAGAAUGUUUUGCAGCCUUCCUUGCUUUGCACAUCACGUAUGGUGCAUCGGCUUACCUUGAGGGAACAUGGGUUUGGCUGGCAGAUCACGAUCUCGACGGCUUUCACCAGCUAACCUUGUUCAGCGGGAGAGGUAUUUUGUCUCAUUCUCAGGGUCCUGUCUGGAUGAUUGCGGAACAUCAUGUGCUCUACCAGUAUAGUUUAGUUGGAGCGAAAAACCAUUACAUGGGUCUGAUCCAGACUGAGACGCCUUACUUCCAACCUGAUCCUGCACCACCAGGGCCAUUCGAUAUCUCAAACGUUUACGACGAUCCGACGUUUGCAAAUGGCACAACUAUGGCUUGGGGUCUCUGGGUGCAAUCAUCCACUGAUAUCAUCAACUACAGCACGGCAUGUGGGAGUAACACUACAUGUCAAACGCAGAUCGUCAAUGUGGACUGGACCUCUUCCAUCAGCAUAUACAAUCUGGCAACCCUUAGCAUCGAAGAGAACGGGAUCAUUUACUUUGCGAACGACUCGGAAGGCUUUUCGUCCACUGUGACGCUAUGGAGCCCUGCGCGAGCUAUCUACCCAUAAAUUUUAUAUCCCAUAGAAUCCAUAUACCCCUUAUUUAUUCAUUUCUCUGCAAACACAUGUGUGCAAACUUCUUGACUGCCUCCUGUGCGAUCUUUG